GAUCUAUGGAAAUAUAGUAACUUUAUGAUAAUAACCAAGUGAAUGGGCAGUUCUGAAAUUAUCGUAUCCACAAGUCAGUGAAUCUUGUAAUUAUGGAACAUGAUGAACAGCUGAUCAACACGUCAUCAUCAUGCAGAACACUGAUGUUUUGGAAGUGCGAUUGCGUCAACCAUGGUGACGUGGACUGCUGCCAAGAUUUAUAGAAGUACUCGUACAAAAUGUACUUGAGCAUUAUUUACAACCAUUUCCGUCGAACAUUUUAUCUGCAUACAAAUUCAGAAUUAAAAUAAAAUCAGUGCUAGUUGUCUGGCGUUUGUGGGACGUUUUGUUACUUAUUUAAGCUAGCUUUUUUAUUCUUGCAGUCUGUGAUUUUACAGGCAGUUUGCCAACGUGCUUGACAGCCGUUUCGGUUGAAUUUUUAUAAUGCAGCGACGCGCAGUCUGCGGAAAAGCUUGAAGUCAGGACUUCGCUAUUUUCAGCCGCUGUGGUUGUUCUGGGUGCACUAUCCGACUGUGCAAAACUGCAUGUUCCCGUUGUGUUUAUCGUGAACAGCGUCCAUGGACAAUCACAGUGUGACAGUUGACAUGGGAUCUGUGGGAUCCGCGCAGAGUGUGCGAGACGAUAUUCCUACGACGCAGGUGAUCUCGCCUGGCAGUUUGUGGCCACUGCUGUGCAAUGCACUCUUCUCCUUGGUGGCUUAUUAUGCCACCUUCAAGAUCAUCCCGAAAGUGAAGGAAAUGUUUGUCAGUGCGGGCUUUGCGGGGGUCGACAUGAGCAAGAAAGACCGUCAUAAAGUGCCGGAAGCCAUGGGUGUCGUGUCCGGAGCCAUUUUUCUCAUCACGAUGUUUUUGUUCAUUCCUGUGCCGUUUGCGUGGAAUCUUGCCAGCGUAUCCCACAACGAUGUGGUGUUCGCCAAUCAGUCCGUUCGCGUCCACGCGGACAGCGUUUUUCCCCACUCCGAGUUUGUGGAAUUCAUCACAGCCAUUCUGUGCAUAUGUUGCAUGCUGUUUUUGGGAUUUGCGGAUGAUGCGCUGAAUCUUCGAUGGAGGGAUAAGCUGUUCCUGCCAACAAUUGCCACUCUUCCUCUUCUGAUGGUGUACUACGUUAAUUGCAACUCCACAACCAUCAUCGUGCCAAAACCGCUUCGGGAACUUGUUGGCUAUAGCAUAAAUUUAGGGUUGCUGUAUUACGUUUUUAUGGGGAUGCUGGCUGUUUUCUGCACGAAUGCCAUCAAUAUCCUUGCUGGAAUUAACGGUUUGGAAGCCGGACAGUCUUUUAUAAUUGCUGUAUCGGUGGCAGUUUUCAACAUCAUUGAACUCCGAGGUAUUUACCACGAAGCUUACACCUUCUCCUUGUACUUCAUCCUCCCCUACAUCGCAACAACCGGCGCGUUAUUAAGGCAUAACUGGUAUCCAUCGCAGGUCUUCGUUGGCGACACAUUCUGUUAUUUCUCCGGUAUGACCUUCGCCGUUGUGGCCGUCCUGGGACAUUUCAGCAAAACCAUGCUGCUCUUCUUUAUCCCGCAGAUUUUUAACUUCCUCUAUUCCGUACCCCAGCUCUUUCGUUUUAUCCCCUGCCCGCGGCAUCGAUUACCGCGGUACUCACCGGAAACCGACACCGUCAGUAUCAGUACGACAACAUUUAAACCGGCGCAGUUGUCCUUCUUAGGACGCCUGAUGUACCACGUCUUCCGGAUGUUUCGGGUGAUCAGAAUUGUGAAGGAAGAAGACGGGAUGGUGGAGUGUAAUAAUUUUACACUUAUUAAUCUGGCUUUGCUUGUCUUUGGUCCGACGCACGAGAGAACACUGACCAAACGCCUGUUGAUCCUGCAGAUUGUUUGCUCAUGUUUGGCUUUGUGUAUUCGCUACCCUGGUGCCAGUCUGUUUUAUGAUGUUGGAAACUGAUAUUACAUAAUUGGUUAAUGAGAUUUUAAUGGAAAUUCUUCGGGAAAGUAUUGCUGUUUGCUUUUAUUUUUUACUUUUGUAUGAUUUCGGAAUUUAUCUCAAGUAGAAUCAGGCGAUUUACUAAAAUGCAGAUAUAAUAUCUGAAUUAAAGUUGAAUGAUCUU